AUGGCUUCCAAAUAUGCCCAAGGACUAUUCCUCCUUGCAACAGCUUCUAUACUGGCAGUUGCUAUGGCUAACAAGAACUUCUCCAGCGGUACAGGGUAUUGGAACAACGGCUUUAACUACACCAACUGGGGCUUCAAACACCCGAAUGUUAGCCGUGGUUCCAACAGGAUCGUUGUUGGCGGAUCCGAGGGCUGGCAUUUUGGCUUCAACUACGCUGACUGGGCUAUCAAAAAUGCCCCCUUCUACUGGAAUGACACCCUAGUGUUCAAGUAUGAUCCCCCUAGUGCCAAUAAUACACGUCCUCACAGUGUCUAUUUAUUUUCGAAUCUCUGGAGCUUCUUAACAUGUGAUCUGAGAAGAGCAAAGAGGAUAGCAGGCACUACACAAGGAGGAGGGCAGGGAUUUGAGUUCGUGCUGAAGAGGUGGGAGCCACACUUUUUUGCUUGCGGAGAAAGCAAUGGUUUUCACUGCACGAAUGGAACAAUGAAGUUCUUUGUGAUGCCACUUAUGCGUGGGAAUUUCUGA